UCUGCGUCCGCGCCAGUAUGCUCCAGCCUCCAAGUACAAGUGUGGGAAGAACGCAUGCUCUAUUAUGAUAUGAGUUCUGAAUCCUCGGCGGUCCGUUGUGAGACAUCAUUGCCAUCUACCAGACGGCUUCUGCCAUCGUUGCAUCUUCAGACAUCAUGCGACUCAGCUGGAGCCUCCUCGGUCUUUGGACAGUAUUAGGACUGUGCCAAAAGACAGCACCAUUGGACCCGAACAUCUUGCAGCAAAUUCUCACCACGAUCCCGCAGUGCGCCGUGAGUAUGUCGUCAACGCAAUGCCUCUAAUCGCAUCUCUGAGUUCCUACACAGCUCCCGUGCACUGCACAAGCCGCGGCAGCAUCGCCUUGCGCAGCGAACGACUUCGAAUGUACCUGCAACGAUCCGGUCUUCAACUCCCAAGUGGAAAGAUGCGUCGUAUCGAGCUGCACGAUCAAGCAAUCGCUCACAUCGAAGAACGCCUCCGAAGCCCUUUGCAGCCGAAAUCCGCCAACCUUGAAGCCUCCUGUUGUUCCGAUCGGUCUGGCAAUUGCUACCUUGGGAUUUCUCCUCCGUAUUCUUGCCAAAUUGCCUCUGCCAUGGGGUUUGUACCCGCUGCAGCCAUUAUGGUGGGACGACGCAGUGUUGACCGUCGCGAUGAUCUUGUUCGUCAUCCCAGGAAGUGCUCUUGGGAUCGUUCUCGUCAAUACCGGCCUGGGAAGCAGCAUCUGGACGAUCUCUUUUGAGAACAUCACUAACAUACUACACAUCUACUAUUUCGAGGGUACCAUGUAUCUGACUGGACUGUCAUUUAUCAGAAUCUCAAUGCUUCUGACGUACCUGCGUAUCUUUCCAGGCGCGGUCUUCCGCCAAAUGGCCUUCAUCUCAAUCGGGUUGAACGUUGUUUGUGCAGUCGUGUUCUUCCUUCUUUCGACCUUUCAGUGCGUGCCUGUCAGUUAUAGCUGGCAUCGCUGGGAUGGAGAACACGAGGGCCAUUGCUACAACAUCAAUCUUCAAAUUCGGGUCGCUGCCAUUGUCAACAUUCUUCUUGACGUAGCGGCGGUCGUUCUUCCAUUACCUCAGCUGUGGAAGAUGAAGCUCAAUACGCCGAAGACGCUUCUGGUGUUCCUCAUGUUCGCCAUUGGACUACUAGUCCCCAUUGUUUCUGUGAUUCGCUUGCAGACUCUUCUACAAUUCGGCAACGCAAUGAACGUUACUUAUGUUUACGCUCGCGUCGGCUACUGGUCCUCAGCCGAACAGCACCUCGCAGUCCUCUGCGCCUGCAUGCCGGCUAUCAGAAACUUGAUCAGACGAUUCUGGAAACGAUCGACUACUGUAACUCAUGCAUCCGGAAGCACCGAUUCGUCUGGAAACAUCGCCAAUAGCAACGAUACGAUGAUGGAGGCAGGUUCCUGGCCAAGGGAAGAGAGACAUUCCAUUCCCUUGAAAGAUAUUCACAACGAUGAAGACCGACGAUAUGAUCGAAAGGCUUCUCAUACUGCAAGCCCAGGCUCGUUCUGGGUUCACGCUCUUGAGACGGCGUCACCAGCGUGA